AUCAUAGCUCGCGGCGCAUGAUUUCGAACACCAACGUCCUCGACGAGAAAUACGCCAGUGAAGUCAUAAAUAUAAAAUACAUUAUUUUACGCAUUAUCUGUCCUAAAUUAGCGGUUUAUUCAUCUUAUGAUAGUGGUAAAUAUUUAGCUCAGACAUGGUUCGGGAGCGGGUGGUGCAGAAGAAGUCUUUCCAGCAGAGUCUGGACGACAUCAAGGACAAAAUGAAGGAGAAAAGAAACAAGCGUCUCGCCAGCGCUUUAGCUGUGAGCCGCGGCCUGUCAAAGCUGAAGAACAAAAACACGGCUACAGUGCAGCCGUUUGUGUUGAAGAGUGUCCAGGUGAACAACAAAGCUCUUGCACUAGCCGUGCAGACAGAGAGGGAGAAGGUAGGGCAGGCACAGGGGGUCAUUCUGCAGUUAAAGAAAGAGAGACAGGCGCUGAUCUUUCACCUGUUGAUGCUGAAGAGGACACUGAGAGAUCGGGGAGCUGUUGAAAAUGCUCAGAUUUCUCCUUCUGUGGAGAGAAGUCCACCAAGUCCCCCUCACCUCAUCAAUAUAAAGCCAGUAAAUGUUGUUGAGACUCACCCAGCAGAGCCUCUCGAGCCAACCUUUUCUGCAAGCACUGUGUCUGUUUCUGGUUGUCGUGGUGACAGACAGGUUUCAUUGCCUCCUACAGUAGGAACAAGGCGAAAGAGGCGCUCUGAGAACGUGCGGAGACAGAGCUCACGUUUUGAAUCUGUAGGGAGAUGUGUUACGGAUGUAAUGAAACCCUCUCUUUGUGAGGAGAAAAGAGAAGAGACUGUCGACAACAGACAAGGAGAGGGGCUUAGCACUGGGUUGGAGGACAUUUUUAAUGAAGAGGAAGUUGUUGGACAGAAAACAUGUGUGCCUGACAGUCUUAACACAGAGUUAAUGAUUUCUGAGCUUCCAGCCGUCCAGCACUCAACGCCUGAGCCCCCUCAGCGGUCCACCAGACAACCCAAGAAAAAAGCGACUCAAACUGCCCCUGGGCCCAAACCAGAGAGGGGGCGCAAACCAGACCGAGCCCCAUUAAAGAAGCCAUGGGAAAACCCCAAACCACGAGCUCGUUCCAAAAGCCGAGACCGCUCACAGAGUCGAGCACGAGUUGCCGAUCGGCUUAACUCCUCGCUGGGUGGCAAUGACACCUUUGAUUUUGACUGUGAAGAGGCAGUCCACCUAACACCUUUCAGAGCAGGAAAUAAAGCUGUGGAGAAACCAUCACCUGAUGCUCUGAUUAAAGAGGAGGUUCCACCCAAUCCUGACACCGUGGAGACCAGCAACGGUUCCUCAGAAGAUGAGCAGGAUGCAGAUGACAGCCUUUAUGUACCUAAGAGAAAAUCCAGAAGAGGUCGUAGUCCACCACCAAGACGUGCUCGCUCCAAAAGGCGGUCUAUUCAAGAGGCCAGAAAGAACAGAGGGAGAGCAAAUACUUCCCUAAAGCAGCACCAUGUUGAAAUAGAGAACACAGAAGAAAAUAGGACUGAAAUUGAAGAUACUGGCCUACAUCUUCCAGAUGCUCUUGAUUCAGGCCCUCUGCUUCCAGAGUCACCAGUCUGUGCUGCUUCUGAGUAUUUCAGCCAGUCAGAGCCGACCCAAGAGAUCUGCCAAGCUCCACCCUCUACAUUGGCAGUAGAGUCUCCCACCCCUGUUACCCCUGGUGGAGAGGCAGAACUUAUGAUGAUUGACUGCCCCAUAUUUGAAUUUUCAAAGUGUCCUAGCAACUUAUCUGAUCAAGAGAAUGAAAUGCCUUUGGUGAUGGAUAGGGGCAGGAGAAAAGGUGGGCUGGUUGUUCACUCCUUUCUGGGCUUAGGCUUGGGUUUGAGUGAUGUGACAAAUCUCUCCCCUGCAGCCUAUCAGAAGCCUUUGUAUACUCAAGUUACCCCUCAAGCCUCCACUCGCAAGCGGCGAUGCACGAGCACUGUCAACUACAAGGAGCCAUCAAUCAGUUCAAAACUUAGACGUGGUGACAAAUUCACGGACACCCGUUUCCUACGUUCCCCUAUCUUCAAGCAGAAACCGACGUCCCGUCGGAGUUCAAUUCAAAAGAUGGAAAAAUAUAACGAGUCAUUUGUGGGCUGUCAUUGAAUAGCUCAGACUGUGUAAAAUAGUUUCUGCCCAGCUUCAUUGAAUUCCAGUAAUGUCUCUCUAAACCACUGCAUCAAUAUAAUAAUUUAGUUUUUUUAAUGUCUGUUACAUAAUUGAAGUUUUUGUUUCAUCUCAUGAUUUUAAUUGUGAAUAUUGAUUAAAGUUUGUCAUUUUAAUUGUCACAAGAAUUUUAGUUUUUAAAAAUAUUAACAAUCUUCUCUGAAAAUAGGAGUCCAGAUAUAAAAAAUUAAUUGAAAAGCAUUCUACUUGUCCAUCAAUGUGAUAACAUUUUAACCCAAAAAAAACAAACAAAAAAAACACGUAAGAUUCCAUCUCUUUUGAGAAGGUUAGAAAUGUGAGGUUUCACUAAAAUGUGUCCAGUUCUCAAGGUUGCUUUCUAAUAGUCGAACUUUGGAAUUUUAAAUGUUAAAUAUGAAGAUUCGUUCAGAGGUCAUUGCAGCCAUGCAAAAGGGGCGCAUUUCUGCCCUCAUUAGGAUGCUUGGCUCCUUGCACCUCAACUGUGAGAUGUCAGUAAUUAAAACAAUACUGUACUUAAUGUUCAAUUGCUUUGAGCUUAUGAAACUUGUUUGGGAUCAAAAAGAAUAAAACUUUGUGAAUGUAAACACAAUGAUACCAACUUUAGGCAGGCAGGCAUGCAAGACCCAGUUAGUGGAUGCUUUAAAUACAUGUCGCUUUUCUAAAAUGAAUUACUUCUUUUUUUUAAUUAUAUAUACACACUACACAAUCACUGUCAUCAAGUCUUAAACCUACAA